GCCAGCGAGCGCAGCGACAGAGCCGAAGGCGCUGAAGAUGCCUGAGAACGACAUGACUUCAGCGUCCUUCUAUUUCCACUCAGACACGCACAAGAACGGCAUUUUGGGUAAAUUUGAAAACCUCUGGAAGCUGGAACUGCUGUGUGACGUCACCCUGGUGGUGGAGGACACGCACUUCAGGGGUCACAGAGCUCUCCUGGCUGCAAGCAGCGACUUCUUCUCCCUCAUGUUCACAGCUGAUCCGAUGGGUCGGUCCACUUACCGGCUGGACGGCGUGCCGGCCGAACCUUUCCAGCUGGUGCUGGGCUUUAUCUACAGCGCCAAGGUGAGCGUGAAGGAGAGCUGUGUGCAGCAGCUUCUGGCCGCCGCCCGACUGCUGCAGGUCAGCGAACUCAUUGACUGGCUCACUCGACUGGGUAACCCCACCGAUGCCGGGCCGAGCCAGUCCAAGGACAAAGGAGGGAGGCUGAAGACCAGCCGGGGAGGACACCAGGCUCGAGGAAGACCUACUGAGGGUCAGCUAUCUAAUGAAGAGCACCAGUCUGAACCGGAGUGUUCUGGAGCAGCAGAGAGCCGCAGAAGAAAGCGAAAAGUCACCCUGCCGCUGAAGUACAAGGCCUUCAGCGUGGGCUGUGAGGAGUCUGAGACCCAUGUCAGGCGAAAGAAGCUCCACAAAUCCGACAACCGCUGCGACGAAUGUGGCAAAGUCUUCAAGAACCACGUGCUUCUCAGGGGUCACCAGAUGACACACACAGGGGAGAGACCCUUCCGCUGCUCUGUCUGUAACAAGGGCUUCACACAGAAACACUCUCUGCUGGUCCACCAGCGCAUCCACACCGGAGAGAAACCGUUUAUGUGUUCGGUUUGCUCGAAGACUCUGGCCACCAAGCACUCUCUGAAGGAGCACAUGAACCUGCACGAAGGCAAGAAAGCCUUCUCCUGUGAUAAAUGUGAGAAGACCUUCACCCAGAAGCGACAGCUGAAGAGUCACUACAAGGUGCACACAGGUAAAGCCCUCCCAGAGUGUGCCGAGUGCCAUCGCAAGUUCCUUGACACAGCGCAGCUGAAGAAGCACCUGAGGACGCACACAGGUGAGAAGCCGUUCACCUGUGAAAUCUGUGGAAAGUGUUUCUCUGCCAAAACUACACUGCAGACGCACAUGAGGAUCCACAGAGGAGAGAAGCCGUUCAAGUGCGACAUCUGCGGCAAGUGCUUCUCAGACGCCAGUGCCAGGCGGCGUCACGUGACCUCGCACUCCGGGAAGAAGCCCUUCUCCUGCUCCUUCUGCAACCUCUCCUUCACCCGCCUGGAUAACCUAAGGACCCACGCCCUCACUCACAGCAAGGAGAGGUCUGCAGCGCCACCUGUGGGAGUGGAGGCGGGCGACGUCAUGCCGCAGUUUCAGCUGCCCCACGGCUCCCAGCAGGAGGUCCAGCUGGUGGUGACCGCUGACGUGGACAACAUCGACUUUGUUGGAACUCAGAGCCAGGAGAUCAGCAUCAUGGACUCGGAGGGAGGGGCUACGCAGGCAGCCCAGUCCAGACUCACGCUGCUGGCUCAGGGGCCCAACGUGGAUCUGGUGGGUCCUGGGGACGGGUCAGAGGGCCAGCAGUCGGAGCAGAUGCACGUCAUCACUCUGAGUAAAGAGACCAUGGAGCACCUGCAGGCCCACCACGGACCCCCACAGCAGGUCCAGAUCUCCCAGAGAGCCCUGCCAUUGGAGCACCACAACCAGACCAUCCACCUGAGCAGUGGCCAGCCCAUCUCCAUCAGUCAGACCAGCCAGCAGCUCACCGGCCACCACAUCCAGGGCCAGACCUUCCAGAUCCAGGCUGGGACCGUGUCCUACCUCUACACCACCGGACUCCCGCACACCUGA